AUGAGCCUUAAUCGCAUUGCAAGUGUGCGCGCUGUUCUUGGAAUCAGUCUUACUCUCGUGCUAGCUACCUUCUUUUUCUCGCCCUCAUACUCAAUGGAGAGCCGCGACAACAGCUCUAGCCCUGUUGCUGGUCUGCGCGUGGAGAUUAAGCAGACCAGCACGUCUCCUAUCACCAUCACCAGCACCGUCGUCAAUGAUAAUGAUCAUACGGUCACUUUUCUCGUAUACAAUUCGCCGUUGGAUACCGCUGCCCCAUCCAUUGGCCUGCUCACCAUCACGCCUGACGGCGCCUCAGAGCCUCUUGACUUGCCAAAGCUCCAGAUUCAAAGACAAUGGCCGCCCAGUCCUGAGUCACUCAUCCAGCUACAGCCAGGUGCAAGCCAAACAGCGGACAUCGUCCUCAAAGAUUUUAUAGCUUCAAAAAUUGCGGGAAAGGCAUCUGUUGCUCUCAAGGGCCGCUGGGAUAUGGUGUGGAACAAGCAGAAAGAUGAUGUUACACCUGAGAUGAUAGAGCAAGCCCAGCUGCAAGCCGAGCCAGACGUGUUUAGUGGCAGCUUCGCUAGCGAGAGUGUGGAAAUAUCCCCCGCCUAA